CCACAUUCCUCAUUGUUUCUCUCUUUUGCGCUUGGUCAUAGAUGGAGCUGUUUGCGGCGAGUCCGCGGACGAAUUUCUCGACGGUGGAGAUUCUCAGCUAGGGUUGCCAAAAGCGAAAGUUUAUUAUUGAGUUAGUUCUAGCAAUGUCUUGCUGGCAGUCUGCACCUGCUGAUAUUAUUUGUGAUAUUGGGGAGAGUCUUUUGGAUAGUAAUGGCCACGACAGCUAUGUCGCUAUGAGAUAUGUAUGUUCUCUUUGGAGGUCAGCCAUCUCAUCUUAUCAAAGGCUUUUUGUUCGAGCACAUCGAUGGAUUGUUCUUGAGGAGAUCAAUGAAUUCAGUGAUUGCGCUGUACAUCGGGUAUUGGUUAAUCUUUCAACUGGACGGAUGGUCAAGCGUCGCAUUCCUCUUUUGAAUGACCAUGUUUAUGUUGGAUCUUCGGAUGGACUACUGAUUCUCGUAGAAAAAAGUGAACCUUACUUUGUCAAACUAUGGGAGCCAUUCACGGGCUAUCUUGUGCAAUUUGCAGCCGGCAUCAUCCAUCAGCAGCCUUCUCAUUUUGCCGUCGAGACUCACGGUGUCCCUAGAUUGUUUCAUGCCCCUGGAGGUUUACGCAACCCUCAAGUCAUGUGUUAUGAUGUUAGUAAUGGAAAUAUGGAGGUUCGAUUUGGUGAUAUGCCAGUUGAGCGUGUAGCAAGUAUGACUGCAUAUAAGAGUGAUGUGUUUGUACUUUUCCAUAAUCGUCAGUUGUUUAAGAUAACCGGGGCUGGUCAUGAGAUGCAUGGAGAAUUCAUUCUGAUCCACGAGGCUCCAACACUUGCACCUAGUGCAAUGACACACUAUUUGGUAGUAUCUGGAGGAGGCAACCUUCUUAUUGUGGUCAUUGGCAUUGCAGAGAUCCUGAUUUUUUGUGUUGAUGUUGACUUAAGGACCGCUGUCCGUAUCUAUAAUAUUGGUAGCCAGGCACUUUUCCUUAGUAACACAAGGUGUAUCGCUGUUAAUGCCGAAAAUUUCCCAACUGUCAAAGAAAACUGUGUAUAUCAAGCAUGCAUCUCUGGAUAUAGUGGGCCAUGUGGAAUUUAUGAGUUCAGUUUGACGAGGCCUCGGAAGCGUAAGAUUUAUCAUCAAUCAUUUGCCAAUGAAGUAACCUACGCUCUUGGGGGAAGGCCCUUAAGCAUGUGGCAGGUCCUUAUACACUACUGUUUAUUCAGAAACAAGUGUAGGAGGCCACUAUCCCAGGUGUAA